AUGGCCACUGCCGGCGCUGAGUCUGUCGCCGAUGGCACUGACAAUGCAGACAUACAAUCGCUUUCUAAAAAUAUACAAUUGGUCUCCGAGGACGUGUUGCUAAACUUGAGCAAAGGACCUCUUAAGAACUUUGUCCGCCAUUGUCGAGACGCGCAGCAGGUUGAAUGUGUCUGGGAGUCCCUGUUUCUCACCUUCUCAGCUCGAUCUACAUCAAGGAACCAGACCUUUGCCGUUUCGAAUGCACUGGUUCUAUUUAUGGAGCAGACCAGUGCAUCCAGGGUGGACUCAAUUCGGCAGAUGCUGCUGUCUCGCGACAAAUGGCUGCCUGUCUACCAGACGAUCUUGACCAGGUACGAGGAUGCUACGCCGCGGCCCAUGAAAAAUGUCCUCGGCAUUUUAAGCAAGGUGCUCAAGCACCACCCAGACUCAUCUCAGGCGCAAUUAAUCAAAGCCGGGGUGAUUGAUGCUACAUUGCCGAGCAUCAUACUGGGGGAUCCACGAUCUCGAACAAAAUCGUCUGUGGCCACUUUAGAUAGGCUUGUGCGGGAUAAUGCAAUUUCAGUCAAAACAUUCAUAUCAUUAACGUGUGACUGGCUCGUGGCAAAUUAUGAGAAAUGGCGCCCGUUAUAUCAAGAGCAUUGCGCAUCCUUGGGCAUUGAUACUUCGUAUUUCACCAAGGCGGAUUUCAAGUACGACGAGGCUAGCGAAGGCAUUAAGACUAUUGUACCCACGAUACUCAAUAUAGCCUUGCUUAUCUAUCCUAAGCGCCACGGCAGUAUCCAAGUCGCCGGCUCGCUGAUGGCUGCCUUGUAUACAAAAGACAGGGAGACCACCGACAAUCCCGCCGAAGCUUGUUACCCUCUGAUGAGCUGGGUUGUGCCAACUAGGCAUAUCAUGCUAGAAGACAUAGACUCUCUAGAAUUCAUGUCCCGUUCAAUUUUGUUAUCCCUGUUGGAAUGUGGCAUUCAAGGUUUCCAUAAAUUCAUCGAAAGCUUACCGUUGGAUGUGGUACUUUCUGGCAAUAUGAAAAACCAAAAAUCCAUCAACGAAUGCCUCCUCCUUUUCUCAGCUUUGCAGAUUGGCAAAAGGAUUGGAUACGUGCGUGAAAAAUCUGAGAAAACAACUGGCGCAACCGAAAAGGAAGACCCUUUAAUACUCGACAGUAAAACUCUCGGCCACUUCCUACUGCACAAGGAACAGAAAAUCAGAAUGUCGACACUGGUCCUCCUCGUCACUGACCCAAUAUCAACCACACCUCUGUCCUCCGCAGCAGCCAACGCUAUACUGAUAGGUCUUCCGUCUAUACAUGCAGAGUCCAACUCCAAAGUCCGCCAGGAGCUCACAAGUUUAAACAUCAAGCUAAUGACACGUCUACGAGGCUCAUCGACGCAGAAAGACUUCAUGGAAAAGGACGGCCAGGACGCAAAAGAAUUCAUGGAAAGAUACGUCUCGUUUUUGGAAGGAGAACUGGUUCCUACGGCCUCUUAUCAGCGCCAUAUAACCUCGCUAAGGUCGCUGAGCAUCAUCCUCAACACUGGUGUUGAUCCGAAUGUUAAACAUGCCCCCGGAAAAGAGCAGCUAUUGUGGCGGUACAAAGUGAACAUCCUCCGACCAAGCCUCUUCCGACUCCUCAUUAAUCUCCUUCUUGACCCAUUUGAGGAGGUGCGGGGGACUGCCUUGACAUUGCUUAGCUUAUUUACCAAUGAAGCCCUCGGAGAUUCUCAUGGAGAAUCCGACAUUGUACAGCUUCUGACUACGGCUUUGUCGAAAGCAGAAGUGUUGGCAAGCAAUACAAGCCGCGCCGACCAUACAGAUACUGUUGCCAGACUCUACCAUGCUUUGUUCACCAGGACCAACAGUGGAGAUAGCUCGCAGACAUGGUUUCAAACAAAGCUUGGCGUCGUGAAUGAGCUACUGCAGAGACUCGAAGAAAAGACGUUUCGACAGGGUGGACUUUUCAGCACCUCUACCCGAGAUAGCCCUCUCCAUGGAUAUUUGGCCGCUCUCAAGUAUAUUGUUACAACACCCAAUUUCCAUGCUCAUAUCACCAACCCUGAAGACAAUGAAGCCCGUGCAUGGCGAAAUGUGCAUGACAGAAUUACAGCCGCAUGCACCCGUAUUUGGGAACAAGUCAAGCCUGUUUUGUGCAUUGACUCGCCCGAGGGCCACACGGAUGACUCUCUAGAUGAGUUGGCCCUGGGACCAAAAGACUUGUUGUCGUAUUCAUGGCGAGCUCUUCGAGAGACUAGCCAUCUUCUUCACGCCACAAUGGUAAAUACGACGUAUGCUCCAGAAGACACAAAUGGCCUGAGACGAGAUGAUUACGAUACAAUUGGAGCACUCAACUUUGUCCAAUUGUCAGAACUGCGACACAGAGGAGCUUUCAGUGCCGUUUCACAGUCAUUUAUCACAUGCUGUGCGCGUUGCUCUGAGAACAAGGAGCCAGAGAUUUCUAGCCUACCGGAUGCGUGGUACGAAGAAUCGAAAAAGAUCAUCCAGGAUCAAGCAUCCAAACUGACCAGGAGAUCUGCCGGGCUGCCUGCCAUUGUCUCUGGAAUAUCAAUUGCCAAGUCUGAUAGCCCGUUGUUUAGUCUUAUCAUGAAUGAGCUGCAAGAGAUCUCGAGCCAGCCAGUGCUUAAGAAUGUUUCUUAUAACGAGCUCUCAUUACCCCAGGUUCAUGCGAUGAACUGCUUGAAAGAUAUUUUCAUGACCACAAAACUAGGAGAUAAAACGGAGCCUUUUAUCAUGUCGACUCUCAGUAUCGCCACAGAAUCUCUCAGUUCUUCAGUUUGGGCAAUUCGAAACUGCGGUCUAAUGCUUUUCCACGCAUUGAUGAUCAAAAUGUGCAAGAGACUGUCCGGGGCGAGCUUUGGAGCCAGCGGCUCGUCUGGGGCCGAGUCUGGAAUGUCCAUAUCCUUCCAGAAAUAUCCCGGUCUGACUCAGCUAUUGACCAAGUUGUUGACCUCUGCAGAGUCAGAGACAGAAACGCAAAAAAUAUUCCCUGCUCUUGAAAUUAUUGUUGAAAAAGUCCCCUCCUUGGUCGACAAUGACGAUGCCUUGCUACGUGGCUUGGUUCUUCGUCAUGUGAGGAGUUCUAUUUGGCUGGUUCGAGACCAAGCGGCCAGAGUGUAUGCUUCUCUUCUGCAGCCUACGGGGAUUUUAAAGUCUCUAGAACUGGAAGUAUAUGCCGACGCAGAGCCGCUGUCCCAAAAACACAUUCAUGGGAAACUAUUAUGUAUUCGUUAUGCUUUGCUGAGGGCAUGGAAUUCUGGAUACUGGCACGAUCAUUCUGACAAAAUCUUUGAAUUCAUUCAAGAGACGUUUCAUAGGCUCUUCCAACAGACAAAGUCUCAGUUUGCCCAAGCCGCCUUGAUCGAUAUAUUGACAGAUGCCCUUGAAUAUAAUAUAAAGGGCAACGAACCUAUCUUGACAUUUGCAAACAACAUAUUCGAAACCUACGAUCUAGAGCAGACAAUGGCAGGACUGCUCAUCGACCCCGAAGGACGACGGAAUGAAAUUCGGGCGGGCUCGCUGCUUCGACGCGUGUUGACGUGGGGUAUCAUUUUGAAAAACUCACUGCAGAGUAUCUCAGAAUCUCCCGUAGCCCUUAUUGGGCCGUUUUUCGAUCUCUCUACUGGCGAUAGCGAUGCCGCGUGCUGGAUCCUUGAGCGUGUGCGCGAGGUGUUCCCUGGGUACCAGCAACAGAAAGACUUCCUGAGUUUGUACCUGUUGAUCUUGCUUCAAGAGCAAGAAGAGAGCGUCAAGUCAAAAGCAGUUUUGAAUCUUUCGGAAAUUCUGCAAGAUGCGUUGGAACAGGAGCUAACAGUUGCCUUUUUGGAUAAAUGGCCUCGCGUGUCAGACCAUCUGUACGUCCAAUCGCAGGACCAGGUAUGGAGUCGCGAGUUGAUUGAGAAUGUGCUUCGGCUGCAGGGCUCUCUAUUAGCGUUGAAAUACAGAGACAGACCUGUUGAUUCUGAAUCAAAAGAGCUGGCCCUAGACCUUCGACGGUGGGUUGUCAGUCUUCGGUCUGCAUUGAGCGAGGAAACAGCAUUCUCUUCAAGACUCGCAGCUAUAGUUUCACUCAAGGCGUUUUGCCCCAUCAUGCGUAGACCUGAUCAGCCAUCACAAACAAGCUCUGUGUUCUUGGAGCUUUAUGUGAUACUGUACGAUAUGCUCAAUGACGAUGACGACGAGCUGAGGGAUUUUGCUGCACCGAUCGCGUCAUGGGUUCUCUCCAACUCGUCUGUAUUCCCUGACAGGAUAGUUGAUUUGGCUGGUAUUCCUGCGAGAGAGAGUCUGGUGGAAUUCCUUUCAACUAAUUAUAGCAAAAAUCACCCCCUCUUUCACCAUGCCAUCAAACGACUUAUGAACAAUGUCAUUGUCUCUGCCGAAAGAGCGCCCUUUGUUCCCUUUGAGACCUUGCUUGGCGAACACCGCAAAGAGAGCACAGUGCUCUUUGAGGAAGAACGUCAGAACUUGUUUAUUGAUGACGUAUGCGAGAUCGACAUCUGGUCGGCGGUCUUGAAGCGUAUAGGUCGAUCUGUGUUUGAUCAGGAGACUAUUAGCAAUCUGCUUGUUUGGGCGUCAAAGGGACUGGAUUGUCUUGAUAAGCUAUUUCUGUCGUCUGGAGAGCAGGACGGCGCCAUUGGCUGGACAGCCAAACCUGAAGUGUACAGUCUGGGAGUUUUGCUGUUUAGCGUAGCAGAGCUGCUAAUUGCUACUGGCGAGGACAAAGAUUCAAGCGUGAAUCUAUUAAGUGUUCUUGAGGACUUGCAUGCCAAAGGGCAAUCUCUCGCCUUGCAUCCUCACUGGCUGCUGAGAAUCAGGUCAGCCAUAUCUGUUAGUAAAAAGUAA